AAUUUUACCGGGCGAGUGUUUAGUUAACGCUGACACGUCAAUUUGUCGAGUUGCCUGAUCGCGGUUAAGUCAGCGUCGGAAUUUGAAUUUAAAUUUGAAUCUGAAUCUUCUUCCUAUUUUUUCUUUUGUUAUUGUUAUUGGACUUUUUCUGGUUUCUGCGAACGGAAAGGAACUUAAUGUGUUACUGUCAAGAUUUAUGUUCCCCGCAUUGACUUUGAGCGGUACGAUUUGUAUGUGAACCUGUGAACAUCAAUCAAAGGAAGCAGUAGAUACUAAUUUUUUCGCUUUUGGGUGAAGCUUUGUUUGUUUUUGUGAAGUUGUUAAGUAAUGACCCACUACCAAUAGCAUCCGAUGAGAGUAAAGCUUUGCUUACAUGUGGUGUUAAAUUGCCGUCGCUCAUUUGACACAUCUGUCAAUCCGCCAGUGAUUAAUUAUUUAUCGAAUUCGAGUGUCAAUAAACGAGAAAAUCUAUAUAAUUAAAGUGCAAUGCAAAUUUAUGCGAAUGUUUGCAUUUAAUUCGAGUUCAUUGUCGGUAACUUUUGAUGUGACAAUUCGAACUGUCAAAGAAUUGUAUCUUGUGGAUAUUGUGAGUGGUGUUUUAACUUUAAUUCAAAGUGUUUGGCAUUUUUUAGCUGAUGUUAUUGGAGAUUGAUAUCUUUAUAGUUGAUUAAACUAAUUAAAUUAAUAUUUCACGUGUUUAACUCAUAUGUAUGUAAAUUGAAGUUAAGUAACGUGACGUGACGAACAAACGCUCAAGUCUGCAGCAACAACACAAAUUUGGACUAAAUAAAUACCAAUAGAUAUAACUUUUGUAAUUAUGUCCGGUCACGAAGAUGAUGACCAUGAUGUCGAGCGGGAGAUUCAUGUGGACGUGGAUUCGGAUUCAAGAAUGUCCUGCGGGUCAGGAUCGGAUAUUGACUUGGAUGGCAGUUGUUAUGAUGAAUCGGAAACUCCUUUAAGUGAAUCUCUUCAAUCAGAACAAACAAGAUCAUCCUCCAGUGAGAACCUGCCAUUUAGCAUAUCCCGCCUGCUAUCGAAUCCCUAUGAAAACAAUAAUAAAAGUCCCGAUAAAGAUCUCAAUCAAAUCGACAGUGAGGCAAUGGCAGCGUAUAAAUUAGCUACAAGUAUUGCAUCUUCACCGUAUGGCAGUGCUGCCACUGCUUUAUAUUCAUAUCCGCAUUUGUACUCAUCUGGUCAUGUGCUGCGGGUGCCACCGCAAAGAUCACCAUUGACGUGGGCAUUGCCACCGUUGCAUCAUGCUGCGUUAGCGCAUCAAGCUGUAAAAGAUCGUCUAGCUGCUGCGUUUCCUAUUGCCCGCCGAAUCGGUCAUCCUUAUCAAAAUCGAACACCCCCAAAGCGAAAAAAGCCACGAACGUCAUUUACCCGCAUUCAAGUUGCCGAGCUGGAAAAACGAUUUCACAAACAAAAGUAUUUAGCAUCGGCGGAACGAGCUGCACUGGCGCGAGGUUUAAAAAUGACAGAUGCUCAAGUUAAAACGUGGUUUCAAAAUCGAAGAACAAAAUGGAGGUGA